AUGGUUGUGAGUAGUAUCACAAAGAUGUUUGUUGGUGAACUUGUGGAAACAUCUCGAGUUGUUAUGAGGGAAAGGAAAGAAUCAAGACCUAUUAGACCUUGUCAUAUCAGAGAGUCAUAUCGAAGACUUAAGCUCCAAGGAAAAGUCCCUAAAAGAUCAGUUCCAAGGCUUUUCCGCUAG